AUGGGGCGUCUAGCAGAGUCUGGUUAUCCACCAGAUCUGCCGAGGUCGGCUAUGUCACUCCCAUAUAAUGGGUUGUCUGCUGGUCGUCGUGAGUAUGGUAUACCUGAGCGCCAUAGAAGCACAGAUGCCGCUCUCGCAAGACACAAUUCUCAGCUUGUUUCUGGCUUGGUUGAGCAACAGGGCACUCGAAUACUCAACGAUGGAUGUCAAGAUUUGCAUGGCUCGCGUAUUUCGCCUGAAUUUGUGGAUAAAAGGAGAUCCCCGCAAACUGCCAGUUCAAAUGAGUUCACAAAGAACAUACAUGAAACACCGAAACAGAAGAGUUGCUGGCAGUGUCGGUUUAAACACGAACGGUGUACCGGAGGAACGCCUUGUGAUAGCUGCCAAUCCAUAUUCGAAGGCAAAGGACCGUAUCGCUUUACACCUGGUUGUUUUAGAAAUCAAUUGGAAGAUUUUACUUCACCAUUUUUCCCAGCCACAUUGCGACAACAAUUAUCUUGUAAUUGGCCCUAUUAUUAUGAGAAUGAGUUUCGGAAUGGAUUACCUGCGACGUUCAUUAUCCAACUUAGUGUUGGGUUUGGCGAACCUGUUGAUACUCUUGCGAGAAUGUUUGAUGACCAGGGGGAUGUGAUUGCAAGAUCCCAGAGAAUUGCAAUAAACAAGGAAAAGUCAAGCGUCGUUUCUGAAGAUGUCCUCCCCAUUCUACCGGCAGGCAAUUUAAAAGAUUUGGUUAAGAAUAUUAGAUCUUGGAUUGACCAGGGGGUCCGAAGACCUGAUUUCUUUUUUUCGUGGGUUAAUACUACGGGCACGAACGAGAUUCACGGUGAUGCGGGCUGUGGGAUACUGCGAGCGAUUUACCACUAUUUGACUGAGUGCGGAAUCCACUUAAGUCCAUCCGCCAUGUCAGAGACAUCCGCGAAGAGAGCUGAACCUAGAACUGUCCCUAACGUUACACUGCUAGAUGCUAUGAAGACGGCUAUCCUGACGACUAUACUUUCGGCUUGCAUAAAGAUUACAUCGACAGGCCUCAAAAUCCUUCAGGAAGUAUUUCAAAUUAAACCUGCCGAAUUGUCUCGAAAGUGGAUGAUACCGCCUCUGAUGAACAAAGCAUUUAAGUGUGCGGUUUUUCAAACCUCAGUUAUCUACACCAAGCGUGCGCUUAUUGGACUUGACAGGCUGCUGAAUCAAAAAGACAUACCGGAAGGCCACGUUGGCUCCAUUGUUACUCUUCUUGCUUCUGCAAUGAAUUCAACCCAGCUUUCACUAGUGGACGUUUGUCGUAUAACAAAGGGAACUGAAGAGCCUGUUGUGUAUGAGCAGGUGAAGCCUGAAAUCUUGGAGCUGGAAGACGUAUUCUCUAAAUUGUGUUGUCUUUUCCAUCGAAAGUACAAAAUUGAAACCAUCAAGUCAGAACGACGAUAUAGAAGGCUGGACAAGAAGACGAAGGAUUUGGUGGAUAGGCUCUCAAACGCCAUUCCUGCCCUAAGGACGAGUACACGUCAUAUCCGCGAUCUGAAGUUUGAAAACAUGGAAUAUAUCCACGACUUCCCCCCCGGACACAGUGUAGAUGAAAUUGCUACUUACUUCAACACUGACCGUCUUUUUUGUGCAUUGUGGGCUCCCAUGUUGACCGGGAACACCCGCAAGCGUAAGUGGCGGCGUGAAGGGGAUUUGGGUAUACAAACCAAUUAA